CACUUGCUUAGCCCAGACAAGCUGAUUUGCAAAUAAUAAUGUAAUCGAGGCAGUAUAGUUCUUUUUGUUUGUAGGUGUUUCUUGGCGCCAAAUUCCCAAAUUAUAAGUGCAUAGUGUCCAAUGGCGACGUAAUAGUAUAUUUCUGUUAAAUUUAUCAUAGGCAUACAUUAAAACAAAGCGUCUCACGCAAUCCGAGUGCAUUAUUCGUCAACAUAAAUUGCACAAAAAACUGCGCGCAUAAAACUGGUUUGAUUCAAUCCGAUUUGCCAUCUAUUGUGAAAUUUAGCAGCCACAAUAUGGAAUCGUUUCUUAGUCUUUUUGAUCCAAACCAGCCGGACGAUGGCUUCGAUGAGGAACAGGAGCUAAAUGGCAACAGCAGCGGCAGCAGCGAGUAUGAGGUGGAUGCCAAUGUCAAUGGUAGCAAAAACAAGGCCAGCAAAACCAAGACCAGGAAAAACAACAACAACAUCAACAACAGCGGCAGCAACAACAACAACAACAACAGCAACAACAUAACCAACAGCAAUCUAAUCAUUGACUUUGAGCAGGGCGCCCUGCCGCCUGAGCCACAGCUGGGCAAUGUAGAGUAUAAGCUCAAGUUGGUCAAUCCGUCGAAGCAGCGUUUCGAGCAUUUGGUCACGCAAAUGAAAUGGCGUCUGCGCGAGGGUCACGGCGAGGCGAUCUACGAGAUUGGUGUUUCGGAUGCGGGCCAUCUGCAGGGCCUUAGCGAGAAGGAUAUGAACGCAUCUCUGACUACGCUCAAGCAAAUGGCUCAUCAUUUGGGCGCCAGCACAUCCGUGCUCAGGAGCAAGACAGUUGCCGGUCGGCGAUCCGUUGCCGAGGUGCUGGUCCGCAAGAUACCCGACGAUCAGCACAACAUCGAAGUGCGCGUGGCGGUUUUGGGUGGCGCCGAUGCAGGCAAAUCCACGCUGCUGGGUGUGCUCACCCAGGACGAACUGGACAAUGGACAUGGACGCGCACGCCUAAAUAUGUUUCGGCACAUGCACGAGAUUCAAUCAGGUCGCACUUCUUGCAUCUCGCAUGAAACUCUAGGAUUCGACGCCUUGGGCAAUGUGGUCAACUACAAAUACAAUGAAAUGAUGACGGCCGAGGAGAUAAGCGAUCGCUCAACAAAGCUGGUCACCUUCAUGGACCUGGCUGGCCAUCGACGCUACAUGCGCACCACGGUUCAGGCGCUGAGCGGCUACUCGCCUCACUAUGCCAUGCUUGUGGUGUCCGCUGGCAGCGGCUGCAAUGACACCACCGAGGAGCAUCUGGCCAUAGUGCGCGCCCUUGACAUGCCCUUCUUUAUAUUGAUUACCAAAACGGAUAUUACAUCGCCGGAUGCCACAGUGCAGGAGCUGCGCACACUGCUCACAAAUAUUGGCUGCCGCAAGGUGCCGUUUCUGGUCACCGACACGGAUGAGGCUAUAUCAGCUGGCUCGAAUCAGCAAUCUGAGAAUAUUGUGCCCAUAUUUUGUGUCUCAAAUGUGACUGGAACUGGACUGAAUCUGGUCACCAAAUUUCUGUACGUGCUCUCGCCGGGCAUCAGCAAUGCCGAAAAGGAUCGUCUCGAGCUAGAGCCUUGCGAGUUCCAAAUUGAUGAGAUCUUUAGGGUAACCGACGUUGGUCCCGUUGUGGGCGGCCUGCUGGUACAGGGCGUGCUCACCGAAAAUAUGCCCAUGAAAAUUGGACCACUGCCGGAUGGCAGCUUUCAUGCAGUCACCGUUCAUACCAUACAUCGCAACAAGGCGCCAUGUCGAGUGGUGCGCGCUGGCCAAAGUGCGUCCCUAUCGUUUACGCCAACCCAGGAGCUGCCAUCGCUGCGCAGCGGCAUGGUGCUGUUGGGUGACUCCGGCAACCUUGACGAACCGUAUGGCACUUAUUUCUUUCAGGCCAAGGUCUCGGUGCUGUUCCAUGCAACAGCGAUUUAUGUGGGCUUUCAGACCACGGUGCACAUCGGUAGUAUACGCCAGACGGCUGUUAUACGUGGCAUAAUGGGCGGUGAGAAACUGGGCACCAAUGACUCAGCGUCUGUAAUGUUUGAGUUCGUUGGACAUCCGGAGUAUGUGCGACCCGGCAUGCGCAUACUGUUCCGCGAGGGCAUGUCUAGCAAGGGCAUAGGCGUGGUCACCCAAGUAUUUCCCGUUAACAAGACACGCACGAAGUAGAGCAGCCUUUCUUCUACCUGGAACAUAGACGGGCGACUGGCCAGUGGACAGCUUAAUACUUAUUAAUGCUUAUCAAUAUAUCUCAAUACGGAUAACAUAUGUAGACAUGUACAUAUUAUUUACAACUAGAGUUUAGAAAUUUCGAUUUGUAGCAGAUCUUCUUUACAUUUAGUUUCGAGUUCUGUGAUUUUUAUUUUAAGCUCAAUUCCUCCAGUAUAUAAACACAGUUACGGAUUAACUGAUUCAUUAGACAAUGCAAUUUCAAAUUGAAAAUAAUGUACGAAUUUUAAUUUUGCCCACGAAUACUUAAUAAAAACUAGACGAUAAUAUACUCCACAAA